AUGACCAACCUCACCACCCUUUCUCAAAGACAUCAAGAAGCCAAUCAAGAAUUAUGUAUCCUAACCAACCUCCAGAAACUGUCAACUAUCAUCGGAGCCGUCAUCGGUCUCGCUGCCACUAGCGUCAACGCCCAAUGGUACCCAGCCCGCGCCUGGACAAACUGCGCCGCCGCCAUCGGCGGAAAGGGCGCCAAAGGCCUCAGAGAAGCUCACGCCUUCUUCAACGAGGUCUGGGGUCAACCUCGCCUCCGAAUUCAGCACCAGUCGAAGUACGUAGCCGUCUGCAACGGCUAUAUUUUCGGCAUCGCAAACGACGGCCAUACGGGCUGGUUCGAGGCGUCUGGCGAUCGGGACCUUGCGGCUCUUGCAGACCCCGGAACGGCGUCCGAGUGCAAGUGGUACUCCAGGGCGCACGAUCUCGAGCACUAUUACUUCUUUUCGAGAGAUGGACUCCAUGUUCUGGAUACGAGGGCCUAUAUUCGCCGGUGCCACGAGGUUGAAAAUGCUGUGGGUGGCCAACACCCACACUCCCUUGAUAAGUAA